GCACCUUCGGACCGACUGUAAAUUUACUUGUCACCACCAACCACCACCAACUAUCGCGCAGAAAAGUUUUAUAUCGCGCUGGCCUUCUGUGAUUUCGUCAGAUGUGAAUGGAGAUGAGCACUCAAAUUCAUGUAGAUUCUUCUUAGUCAAUCAGUCGAUGGCUCAAUCUGACCUCAACAAUUCUCACCAUGGGCUUCCAAGCUUCGAAAGGCCAACACCGUCAUCUGGUGUACCUCAAACCGUCCUCUCGUUCUCAUCUGGAUCUCUGUCAAUUUUACCUCGCGAGAAUUUGUUGAUUCUCCACCCGCCUACGAACCAUGCCGCAUCGAAGCCCCCUCCCCGAGGUUUUGUGUCGGGCACCCUAUCGUUUCAGCAUCCAUAUGCCAGCCAGAUCCCACCUGACCCCGAGCCUAAACCUUUGAAAGAUCCUUAUUGCCAAUCAGUUCCACCCCUUGAAUCCAAAAGUAUCAACAUCAAGCCGGACGAUAACGAUACUGCCAUUGUAUCAGGGUCGCUCCUCCCACAAGUCAAAGAAAAUGCAGAAGUCACUAAGGACUUAGUCGUUGACUCCAUAUCCUCGUCUGUCGACGCGCGCGCGCCACAGUCGGCCACAGAUCAAUUUGUUUGCGAAACACUGAGGCUUCCGGUCGGCGAACAGUAUGACAAAGCGCGGCGUGUUCUGCAGCAUCCUCAAUUUCCGACAUAUUUGGCAGUCUCGAUGUACGGCACUCUAGAAGAAUUCGAGGUGACGCCUAGCUUGAAACAUCGUCCGUCAGGUUAUAUACCCACCCUCCUCAGAGAACCUGUUGAUGAUGCCUGUGUUCUGUCCAACGGCACUCGCAGUGUGGUCAUUUUCAGCAGAUUGCAGGAGAGUCACCAAUUAUCUGCAGUUCAUAUUGGCCUCCCAGCUCCUCCCUUGACUUUUACUAGGCCCUGGAAUAAGGCGAAACGAGCCGGAGUUAGCUCCGUGACUGCUAUGAUGCAACCCCUCAUGUUUGCGACUGGUGGAUAUGACCAUGUUAUUCACCUCUGGGAAGUCAAAUCCGAUUUUUCUGCAGCAUCUCCAAAGGUGCUAGCGAUGAAACACAAUUCUCUCGUGCAAUCGCUGCUUUCAAUACGAGACACCAGUCAUAAACUCAUGUCGGGUGGAGCGGAUUGUACUAUCAACCUUUACGACCUAGCUUCUGAGCGCGUAGUGAAUACCUUGAAGACCUCAAAUAUAAUCUACCACUCUCAUACGACGUCCUCACCCUUUUGCACUUUGACAGAGGUGGCGCAUCGAGACCUCCAGUUCGAAUUACGAGAUCACCGAGUGGUGCCAGAGAUCCCAGUUCAACGAUUUGGCCACUCCUGUGCACAAGUCAAUGGACGGUAUAUAAGAGGCGCUUCUUUGCCGUCAGGAGGACUAUUUGCUUGUGGAGACAGAGACGGAACUGUUCGGUUAUGGGACCUGCGCCGUUCGAACAAAGUGAUAAAAGAGAUAUCGUGUUCUCGUGGCCAAAAAAUCGUUCAUGUGGUUCCGUGCGCUGACACGAAGCUGCUGGCCUGUUCCGAGAAUGGCCAGCUUUUUGUAUUAGAGUAUUGAUAGUCGAUCUUUGCGGUGGUAGAAGGCUGUUGCUUUUCGUCAGAAGCCAUUAUGGAACAGAGUGCUGCAUAUUGUCGAAUCUGAAGGGUGCAUCUAGUCCCGUAGCGAUGGUCAAUUUGCAAUGUCUUUGUCCCAGGCAAGCAGUCCUGGACUCCGCUUUACCCCAAUGCUCUGAUAACAGAUAUUUUGAGAACCUCUGUAUUUAUGAGUAGACGUCGCUCAUAGAAAUACAGGAUUCGGAAGAGAAUUGUUGUCGUGUAUAUCAUGUAGAAGUACUCGAAUUAUCUUCACGAAACUCGAUGCAGCCAACUGGAGCCUUCGCUCAACAGCGGGGUGGGCAAUGGACUGUGGACCAUACUCUUCAAUCGUCGCUUGUGGGCGGUUUGCCGAACACGUCCAUAAUUUCCUGUUGAACUUCCUGAAGAAAAGGUUUUUGACUAAUGCCCCAACGUUGAUCACAACACGACACU